CUCACCACGCAUGCUUUUGAUGUUGACGCGAAUCUUCUCGCCCUCCUUAAUUCUGUAAUCCUUUGAGGGCAGCGCRGAGAACUGCUUCAGGGGUUCCUUUGCCGCCUCGUGUUCCCGCCUGGAAUCUUCCAGAGACGUAUUGAAAUCAAAGGCGUCGUUUCUUUCAUUGAAGGCCAUUCCGACAAACAUGUGGCGGCCGUUUUCGUUUUCUAUUCUCAGCACGAAGUAACGGCUCGAGUCAACGCACCGAUCUACGGCACCCUCCUUGAUGGGACACACCGCAAAUAYAUCUCCGGACUUCCGAUCUACCAGCAACACCAGUGUCAUCUCGCCCCGCUCCACAACUUUUACGGUGCCCUGCCACACCUCGUCCCUCCAAUCGGCGCCCCUCCAGCCACCGGCCUGGGCUCGCGGGGGCAACUUGAAGACGUGCGCGUCUUUGAUCACGCACCGCACCCUUUCGAUCACCUCCGGAUCCUGWAGGGACUUCAUGUACUGGGCKGUUUCGUUCGGUAUGCCCGCAUCUUCGGCGGUCUUGUUGCCUUUGGAAAAUCCCCUUGAAGACAUCUUUGUUGCGUUGCCGUGGUAACUAGUCUCCGUUACACUACUGUAUUGCCAACUCUAAUACUUACGGCUUUUGUGGUGAACACUUUGAUUAUAUCGUCGAGAUGUUGUUGAUAGUGUUGAUUCGGUGCGAACCGCAAUCAUCAUGCCGUCACGAGUAAGUACAGAUUGAUUCAAGAAUGCCACGGUAACCUCUAGCAGCACACAGUACUUUACGGUACUCAUACUAGUUCUAAUGUUUUAUUCUCUCUCUAGCAAUUUAAACUUGGUUUUUGUUCGUUGCAAUCUUUUUCUCUCUUUUGUUUGUUUUUACUAACGGUUUUAGGGCUUAAUACAUCGUAUAUUCGUGACUCAAAACUUUCUUAUUCCACGUGGAAGAWGAAUGAGACAGAUKGUUUGGUCUCGUCUGAUCUCCUACCGGUACACGCAACAUAAUGGUGUGACGUUUGUCUACGUGAGCUCGUGGUUAUCAGCRGUGACAUGAGACAGGUGUGUGAUGGGUGGCUUCUUCUAAGAUAAACGAAGAGAAGUGGGAGAGAUUUUCAUGGCCCAGAAACAACCUACAUCCAUACCAAACAUACGAGUUUUCCUACUCAUACGUUCUUCUUCAAUUUUUCAACGUUGGAGAACGCYCUCGAGAAGCACGGAAACGAUUCUGYUGUCAUCACAUAUCCUUAACAAAUAAWAACAAAGGAUCAAUUGCGCCAUGAAGCUAUCACUUACCCACGUUGUCCUUGCGGCACUAGCCACAUCCUCGGCYGCCUUUGCGCCAGCCAUGAAGCCCAAGGCUGCUUCUACUGCCCUUGAAGCAAAGAACGUGAGCUUCCGCGAGGAAUCGCGAAGGGCACUCGUAGAAGGGAUCAACCAGGUUGCCGAUGCCGUCAAGGUUACCCUUGGACCCAAGGGACGAAACGUUGUUCUCGAACGUAACUACGGAGCUCCCGAGAUUGUGAACGAUGGUGUUACUAUUGCCCGUGAAAUCGUCCUUARAGAUCCCGAGGAGAAUGUCGGAGCCAAAUUGAUCCAGGAGGUCGCCCAAAAGAGUGACAACAAGGCUGGAGAUGGUACCACAACCUCUACUAUCAUGACCCAAGCCAUCACAAACAACGGUAUGCGUGCCGUUACUUCGGGUAUUAACCCCGUUGCUCUCAACAGAGGUAUUCGCAAGGGCGCGAACUUGGUAACWGAGAAGAUCAAGGAAUUGGCAAAGGUGAGAAAAAAUCGAUAAACCGUACGAAACGAACCAAAAUUUAUUUCUUCAUUUGCGAAAAGCAGUACGUAUCUCACAAAAAAUUCUUAUCUACUAUUUGGUCCGAAUGKUUGAACAAACUUGCUUGCCAUUUUGUAUUUCUUUUGAAUGUAUUGUUUAUUUAUAUUUAGCCCGUCGGUAGUAUCGAUGAUCUUAAGGAUGUCGCCACCAUCGCUUCUGGUUCCGUCGAUAUGGGACGUAUUAUCGCCCAAGCCGCAGACAAAGUCGGAGAAACCGGAUCCACUGUUGUCGAGGAGUCCCAGACCUUGUUCGAUGAGAUUGAAUUCACCGAAGGUCUUACCAUUGACCGUGGAUACAUUUCUCCUUACUUUGUCAAGGAUCAAGAACGUCAAAUUGGUGAAUUGAUCAACCCUAGAAUUUUGGUUACCGACGCCAAGAUCGACAACGUYAAUGAUGUUGUGCCUUUGUUGGAACAAUUGGUCAAAUCGAAGGAUCCCCUUCUUAUCAUCGCCGAGGAUGUCACCGGCGAGGCCCUUUCUGCCCUUGUUGUCAACAAGAUGAGAGGAGUCCUCGACGUCGUUGCCAUCAAGGCACCCGGUUUCGGUAACAGACGCCGCGAAUACACACAGGAUAUCGCCAUUGCGACUGGUGCCUCCUUUGUAGCGGAAGAACUCGGAAUUACUCUUGAUUCGGUCACUCUUGAUAUGCUCGGAACCGCCGACCGCAUUGUUGUGGCCAAGGAGUCGACAACCAUCGUCACGGACGGAAAGCACCAAGAGGACAUCRAUGCUCGUAUCAAACAGCUCCGUCGCGAACAGGACAAUGCCGAUACCGAUUUCGACAGAGAUAAGUUCACCGAACGUAUUGCUUCCCUUGGAGGUGGUAUCGCUCGCAUCAAGGUYGGAGCUGCUACCGAGACCGAGCUCAAGGACAAGAAGCUCCGAUACGAGGAUGCCCUGAACUCUGUUCAGAGUGCCCGAGAACUCGGUGUCGUCCCUGGUGGAGGUGCGUGCUUGGCCCACAUCCAGCUUAAAUACGGAGACGAAAUCUUGGAUGCCAUGGAAAGCGACGACGAACGCGCCGGAGCACAAAUUCUUCUCAAUGCCAUGGGAGCACCAUGCAUGCAAGUUGCCGAAAACGCUGGUAUCGAGGGUGCUGUUGUUCUCUCUAAGGUUCAGACUUUGGGCGAAGAGAAGGGAGUAAGUUUUAUUCUACKAAACCAAGUGAUGGGCUCGUGACUUUUUGCGUUUCCGUUCUUUYGUCGCUCACCAAGCUCACCUCUGUAAUUUUACUAAUCACUCUGUAGUUCCAAUGGGGUUGGGAUGCUGGUUCCAUGGAAUACUGCGACCUUUACGAGCGAGGUGUUCUUGAUCCUGCCAAGGUUACCAUCAACGCCAUCGAAAACUCUGCCAGUGUUGCUGGACUUGUAUUGACCACCGAAUGUUUGGUCACAGAAAUCCCAAUUGAAAUGASCGAAGAAGACAAGCAAAGACUCUUUGAUCAACAAGCAAUGGGCGCCGGUAUGCAGGCUUAGAUGAAUACGAGAAGAAUGAAAUAAUAAACGAUGC